AUGGCUUUUGGUCUCUCGGGCAAUGCCACCUCCUCUUCCGAGCCUUCUCCCCGUGUGAGCAAUGAAAAGAAGCAACCCGAAGGCAAUGAAAAGUCGGUAUUGGCUGGUGGCACCGAUGUCGAGACUGGCUCGACCGGCGAAGGCCUGAGUCGUGAACUUAAUGGGCGUCAUCUUCAGUUCAUUGCCAUCGGCGCUGCUUUGGGAACCGGCCUCUUCCUGGGUAUCGGCUCUUCCCUGGCCAAUGCUGGUCCCGGCUCGCUUCUCAUUGCAUUCCUCUUCGUCGGCCUCAUAGUCUACUCGGUCAUGGUCGCUCUUGGUGAAAUGGCCGCCUACCUCCCUGUUGCUGGUAGCUUUACCGUAUAUGCCGGACGCUUUGUUGAUCCCACUCUCGGCUUCUCCAUGGGCUGGAUCUAUUGGUUCAGCUGGGUCAUCACCUUUGGCCUUGAGCUGACCGCUGCCGGUCUGAUCAUCCAGUACUGGGACAAGAGUCUCAGCAUUGGCAUUUGGAUCGCUGUCUUUUGGUUCAUUUUCACGGCUGCCAACUUUUUACCCAUUCGCUGGUUUGGAGAGGUUGAAAUGUGGCUGUCCAGCAUCAAGGUUAUCACCGUUGUUGGCUUUGUCAUCUUCUCGAUUUGUGUCAAUGCUGGAGUUGGAAGGGAAGGCUAUAUCGGCUUCAAGUUUUGGCGCGACCCUGGCGCGUUUGCCGAGUACAUCGUCACUGGCAGCACUGGCCAGUUUGUGGCUUUCUGGGCAACACUCAUUACCGCCGGUUUCAGUUUCCAGGGUACAGAGCUGGUAGCCGUCGGCGCGGGCGAAACAUCGAACCCACGCAAGACGAUCCCUUCGGCCAUUCGAUGGACAUAUUGGGGCAUUUUUACCCUUUUCAUCGCCACUGUGUUCUUUGUCGGCAUUAACGUCCCGUACACUGACGAAAGGCUAUCGAGCGACAAGAAGGACGCCAGUGCGUCACCGCUGGUCCUGGUUGCCGUGCGGGCUGGUAUAACGGUUUUGCCCGACAUCAUUAAUGCUGUUCUGCUCACCGCCGUCCUGUCUGCCGCCAAUUCGGACCUGUACUCGAGCAGCCGUAUCCUCAUCGGUCUGGCCGAGGAUGGCCACGCGCCCAAGAUUUUCAAGCGCACCAAUAAAUGGGGAACUCCGUACUUCUCGGUCUCGUUCUGCUGUCUGUUCGGCUUUCUGGGCUUUCUCAACCUUAGCCAAAAUGGCGCGACGGUUUUCACCUGGCUGCUCAACAUCACCUCAGUUGCAGGUUUCAUCACCUGGUCACUGAUCAACUACUGCCACAUCCGCUUCAUGAAGGCGCUCAAGGCGCAAAACAUCGAUCGCAGCUCGCUGCCAUAUGUCGCACCAUUCCAGCCAUAUCUGUCGUGGUUUGGUCUCUUCUUCAAUGUCCUGAUUAUCCUGACGAGCGGCUUCACAGUUUUCAUGAACUGGAAUACGAGCGAUUUCUUUGCGGCAUAUGUCAGUGUCCUCAUCUUUGUGGUGUUUUACAUUGCCCACAAGCUGGUAUACCGCACCAAGGUUGUGCCGUUGGCGGAGGUUGAUCUGGUGAAGGGUCGAUCCGAGUAA